AUGGGCCAAGAGAACUGCGACCAUGAUUUUAUGCAGGAUCCUUCUACACCUGAUGUAUGCUCGCACUUAGCUGCCUGUGAAGACCAUCGGGUAGCCGCUACACAGCUCUCUCGAGACAAUGAUGUCGACAUUGAUGCCGGACCGGGAAAUACUCCUCUUAUGUGGGCAGCCUACAAGUGCCCUUGCGGUGCUGGUGCUGUUAGCAAGCUGCUUGCGUCCGGAGCAGAUGCUGCAUCCCAAGACACCGACAAGUUCCUCGCACUUCACAUAGCAGCAGGGAAAGGAUCUUUUCCAGUUGUGGAGCUGCUCCUGCAACUUCCUGGAAUCAAUGUAAAUGCGCAGGACAAACACGGGUCAACCGCUCUUCAUGAAGCAGCAUAUAAUGGACGUUUGCCAAUUGUCGAGCUGCUCCUGCAACAUCGUGGCACCGAUGUCAAUAGAAAGGACAAUUACGGGUGCACCGCGCUUCAUGAAGCGUCAGAUGAAGGACGUCUGCAAGUUGUGGAGCUACUCCUGCGACGAGGUAGGGUUGAUAUCAAUGCACAAGACAACGACGGUUGGUCCGCACUUCACAUAGCGGCAUGCAAAGGACAUUUGGCAAUGGUCAAGCUGCUCCUGCAACAUCGUGGAAUAAAUGUCAAUUUGAAGGACAAUCACGGUCGGUCUGCUCUCUGGUUUGCAAAAGAGAAAAGAGACAUGCCGAUAUACUACUCUCUCGCUGGCGACCCCCGGCUGAACGACAACGAAAUAAUCAACCCGUUUGGCUCCCCACCGCAUCAAUUGGAUAGCACCUAUACUCGCAACGGUCGUGUUACCGACUUACAGUACAUCAGGGCAAUGACUUCGGGGUUCUCCUCUCUUUUCGGCAAUCCAUCAAGACCGACACAUACUUGCACAUUUCUCGUCUUUCAGUCAAAUUGUAUUUCAUUGACGAUUUCGGAGCGUCACUUCACACUGGCAUCCGCUCAUGCCAAGCCCUCUGCUUUACACAGCCUAGUGAGGCUCUCAUAUGACGGCUUUAUCCAUACACUUAUAGAGGGCCCGGUUUUAAACCUCCCAGAAGACUUUGGGGAAGUCGGUACGGCAUCUUUGAAAGCUUUCCACUACCACAUAAGGGGCCCCAGUAUAUAG